CUAGCUAUCGCUCGAAAAAGAAAAACUUGUUUUUGCGCACAGCUAGCUAUCGAUCGAAAACACAGUACAAGUCAAUCACUACUGUAACACUGCACAGUACACACGCACAGUGAAAAAAUGGCGGAAGACGACGUCGUUUCGUCGCCGCCGGCUCCGGCGGUGGCGUUCAGGCAGCGGUGGGACGUGUUCCUGAGCUUCAGAGGCGAAGACACACGCGAGAGAUUCACCAUGAGUCUCUACGAGUCGCUCAAUAGAGAAGGCGUCCGAGCUUUCCUAGACGACGACGGCCUCAAUCGCGGCGACGAGAUCGCACCGUCUCUGCUGGAGGCGAUCGACGACUCCGCCGCCGCCGUGGUCGUGCUCUCGCCGAGGUACGGCGACUCGCGGUGGUGCCUGGAGGAGCUGGCCAAGAUCUGCGAGUGCCGCGGGAAGCUGAUCCUGCCGGUUUUCUACCAGGUCGAUCCGUCCCAUGUCCGGCGACAGACCGGGCCGUUCGAAGAGGAUUUCAGAAUUCAUGAGAGAAGGUUUGGAGUUGAUAAGGUGUUAAGGUGGAGGAGAGCCAUGGAAAAAGUCGGUGGAAUUGCUGGUUGGGUUUUCAAGAACGGGGAAAAAGAAGAAAUAAUCAAACAUUUGGUGAAAAGUGUAUUGAGCGCAAUCAGAAAGACCCCUGUGGGUUUGGCUUCAUACACUGUUGGACUUGAAUCUCGCCUUGAAGAAGCGACAAAAAUGUUGGAUGUUAAAUCCAAUGGAAUCCGAGUUUUGGGAAUUCAUGGCAUGGGCGGGGUUGGCAAGACAACCCUCGCUACGGCUCUCUUCAACAAAGUUGUUGGACACUUUGAGCACCGCAGUUUUGUAUCGAGUGUCAGAGAAAUUUCGGCUCAAGAGGAUGGUCUUGUAUCUCUUCAAAACAAACUCAUUAAGGACCUUUCCAACGGUAGUGAUGUAGAUGAUGUUAAUCAUGGAAUUGCUUCAAUCAAACGGAUAGUAAAUGAGAGGCGAGUUCUAGUGGUUUUGGAUGAUGUUGACAAUGUAAGCCAACUAAAUGCGGUAAUGGCUAAAAGAAAGUGGUUUUAUGAAGGAAGUAGGAUUAUUAUUACCACUAGAGAUCAAGAAGUUUUACAACAACCGCUUGUGGAUAUGAAGUAUGAGGUCAGAGAAUUGGAUACAUCUGAGGCGCUAAAACUUUUUAGUUACCAUGCACUAAGAAAAGAGAAACCAACAGGUAUGUUCUUCAAGCUGUCCGAGCAAAUUGUGUUGUUAACCGGAGGGUUACCGUUGGCUCUAGAAGUGUUUGGUUCUAUGCUUUUUGACAAAAGGAGGAUAGAGGAAUGGAAAGAUGCGCUACAGAAACUGAAGCAGAUUCGACCGGCAAAUCUUCAAGACGUUUUGAAGAUCAGCUAUGAUGCGCUAGAUGAGCAAGAGAAGUGCAUAUUCCUUGACAUCUCGUGUCAGUUUGUUACGAUGGGAAUGGAUAGAGAUUAUGCAGUUGACAUUCUGAAGGCGUGUGGUUUUGGGGCCGAGACAGCAAUCACAGACCUCACGGCAAAAUCGCUCAUUAAGAUUACUGAAGAGAAUACUCUGUGGAUGCAUGACCAAGUUAGAGACAUGGGAAGACAAAUUGUUUGGCAUGAAAAUCCGCUUGAUCCUUGCAUGCGUAGCAGACUGUGGGACCGUGAUGAUAUCAUGACUGUCUUCUUGGAUGAUGAGAGAAGAAAAUGUACACAAGGAAUUGUCCUAGACUUAAAGAGAAAAAGGAUGGUGAAGGAUCCUGAUGGUAGCAGAAUAUUAUGGAAUAAUCUUCAAAGAAGCCCCAGUUUGACUUAUGCAAUUGCUUACUUAAAAGAAAGAUACAAAGAGUACCAAAAACAUCAAGCAGAGAAGAAGAGGGAGAUUACAAUUCGGGCUAAGCCCCUCAGAACAAUGGUCAACCUAAGAUUGCUCCAAAUAAAUUAUAUCAACCUUGAAGGACAAUUCCAAUUCCCUUCAGAACUCAAGUGGCUGGAGUGGAAAGGGUGUCGUUUAAAAUCGUUCUCAUCUGAUUUUGGUGCUAAGAAACUUGCCAUACUAGAUCUUUCGCACAGCAAAGUUGAAAGACUCUGGAGUUGGCAUAGUAACGAGGUGGCUGAGAAUUUAAAGAUAUUGAACCUCAGUGAUUGCUACUAUCUGGCUGCUCUUCCUAAUUUAUCCGGAAAUCAGAAAUUGGAAAAGCUUAUCCUCAAGCAUUGUGUAAGCCUGACUAAGAUUGAUGAAUAUAUAGGGAAUAUGAACGCGCUGAUUCACUUGAACCUAACAGCUUGUUCAAAUCUUAUUGAAUUCCCUACCGAUGUGUCCGGAUUGAAACGGCUUGAGAAUCUUAUCCUCUCUGGCUGCUCAAAAUUAAAACGGCUUCCAGAAAACUUAGGCAGCAUGAGAUCUUUGAAAGAGCUUCUAGUUGAUGAGACUGCAAUAGAAAGCCUACCGGAAUCUAUCUUCCACCUGACCGAACUCGAGAAGCUUAUCUUAAACCGUUGCAGCCAAUUAAAGAUUUAUUCCAGAAGAAAAUGUACACAAGGAAUUGUCCUAGACUUAAAGAGAAAAAGGAUGGUGAAGGAUCCUGAUGGUAGCAGAAUAUUAUGGAAUAAUCUUCAAAGAAGCCCCAGUUUGACUUAUGCAAUUGCUUACUUAAAAGAAAGAUACAAAGAGUACCAAAAACAUCAAGCAGAGAAGAAGAGGGAGAUUACAAUUCGGGCUAAGCCCCUCAGAACAAUGGUCAACCUAAGAUUGCUCCAAAUAAAUUAUAUCAACCUUGAAGGACAAUUCCAAUUCCCUUCAGAACUCAAGUGGCUGGAGUGGAAAGGGUGUCGUUUAAAAUCGUUCUCAUCUGAUUUUGGUGCUAAGAAACUUGCCAUACUAGAUCUUUCGCACAGCAAAGUUGAAAGACUCUGGAGUUGGCAUAUUCCUUCAAAUUUGUUGCAGGCCUCUUUGAGGAAAAUAAGGAAUCUUAGCAUGCCAGGAAGCAAGAUCCCAGAUUGGCUGUGUCAAGAUGUGGUCACAUUCACAGAACGCAGGAAUAGUCCUCUCCGAGGCGUAACUAUAGGUGUAGUUGUAUCUCUCAACGAUCAAAUCCAAGAUGACUCCAGACGUAACCUUCCUGGGAUAGUUGACAUUCAAGCACAGAUCCUCAAACAAGGCCUUCCCAUCUUCACCACGGUUUUUAACUUGAAUGGAGUACCGAAUAAGGGCGAAGAUCAACUUCACUUGUGUCGGUAUCCGCCCGAUCACCCUUUGGUUUCCCAGUUGAAAAAUGGAUAUCAAAUUUUGGUAACAAAGAGAACCCCGCCAUUCAUGAAAGGUGUUGAGCUGAAAAAGUGGGGUGUUUAUUUGGUUUAUGAAGGAGAAGAUGAUUACGAGGGUGACGAGGAGUCGUUGGAUGAAGGCCAACAAUCCAUUUCCGAAAAACUAGCAAAGUUUUUCAGCACAUUUGAAGAGGAUGUUAACGUUAAUUCUGAAUACUCUUGUGAUCAAGUGGAAACAAGUGUGCAAGAGACUCGCGGAAGAGCACAAAUGUUGUGUUGGGCUUGUGGCUUGAAUUGAGCCCGUUAGCUUGUUCUGUUGUUUGGGCCCAUAGCCCAUUGGUUUCUCACACGAUGGAUUGCCGACCACGACUUGCUAUGAGUUUUAGAAGGCAGCCGCACAAGUGAUAUUUUAUUGUUUUUUACUUUUUCGAUGUCCAGUAUGGUUUCCGGGGAAUACUAUUAACGGGAGAAUUACAGAGAGAAAUAAAAAGCAUAAAUUCCAAAAUAAAAAUAGCUCUCCAAGUGUA